AAUGUCAUCCUUUACAAAUCUCAUGAUCAAUCUUCUUGUGUUACUGGCUCUAGCCUCCUUGCUCUCUCCUGCACCUGCACUCUGCUAUAUCCAUGCAGGUGAAGCAGGCAGCGUCGUCCGUACUCCGAAUGGCACGCCGCCGCCGCCAGCCGACGCCUACCGGACUUACAUCGUGCUCGUCGACCCGCCGCCGCACGGCGCGGCCACGGACGACGACGGGCACCGCCGGUGGCACGAGUCUUUCUUGCCGGGAGGCCGGCGCAUGGACGACGGCGCCGAUCAGGCACGGAUCAUCCGCUCCUACACCGAGGUGUUCGAGGGCUUCGCCGCGAGGCUCACCGCCGCCGAGCUCGCCGGCGUGGUGUCCAAGAAGCCCGGGUUCGUGCGCGCGUUCCCGGGGCGCCGGACGCUGCGCCUCAUGACGACGCACACGCCGGAGUUCCUCGGGCUGACGAGAGGCGCCGGGUUCUGGAGGGACGUCGCCGGCUACGGGAAGGGCGUCGUCGUCGGGCUGCUCGACACCGGCGUCCACGCCGCGCACCCUUCCUUCGACGACCGCGGCGUCCCGCCGCCGCCGGCGAGGUGGAGGGGCUCCUGCGCCGUCGCCGCCACGCGGCGGUGCAACAACAAGCUCGUCGGCGUCAAGUCCUUCGUUGACGGCGGCGGCGGCGGCGACGACGACGUCGGCCACGGGACACACACCGCGUCCACGGCCGCCGGGAACUUCGUCGCCGGCGGCGCGUCGGACCGCGGCCUGGGCGCGGGAACGGCGGCCGGGAUCGCGCCCGGCGCGCACGUCGCCAUGUACAAGGUGUGCAACGGCUCAGGCUGCGAUGACGACGCCGUGCUAGCCGGGUUCGACGAGGCCAUGAAGGACGGAGUCGACGUCCUCUCGGUGUCGCUCGGGAGGUGGUCGAGUCCCCCCUUCGAUGAGGACCCCAUCGCCAUCGCCGCCUUCAGCGCAGUGGCGCGAGGCAUCACCGUGGUGUGCGCGGCCGGCAAUGGCGGCCCCGAGCCGUCGACGGUCUCGAACGACGCGCCGUGGCUGCUCACGGUCGCCGCAGGCUCGGUCGGCCGGAGCUUCUCCACCACCGUGCUGCUCGGCAACGGCGAGCUCGUCGACGGCCAGGCGCUCGCCCAGCAGCCCAACUCCUCGACCUCGUACUACCCACUCCACUUCUCGGAGAAGCAACCGAAAUGUAACGAGCUCGCCGGAAUCGUCGGAGAUGGCGUCGCCGGCCACCUCGUGGUCUGCCAGUCCGAUCCGGUCGAGGACGAGUCCGUCGUGAGCGCCAUGAUGGCCACCGGCGCCGGCGGCGUGGUGCUGAUCAACACCGAGAGCGAAGGCUACACGACCGUCCUCGAGGACUACGGCCCGGGCAUGGUGCAGGUGACCGUCGCCGGUGGCCACAACAUCACGGAGUACGCUAGGUCGUCGUCAUCAUCAGCCGGCGGCUGCAAACCCAACGCCACCGUGGUGUUCGACAACACGUUGCUCAGCGUCCACCCGGCGCCCACCGUCGCCUCCUUCUCGUCCCGGGGACCGAGCAAGGUCGCCCCGGGCGUGCUCAAGCCGGACGUCCUGGCGCCGGGGCUCAACAUCCUCGCCGCAUGGCCGCCGCACCUCCAGCACGGCGGCGGCGGCGGAGGCGGCGGGCUCUUCAAGGUCAUAUCCGGGACGUCCAUGGCGACCCCGCACGCGAGCGGCGUGGCGGCGCUCGUCAAGAGCCGCCACCCGGACUGGUUGCCGGCCGCCAUCAAGUCAGCCAUCCUGACGACGUCCGACGCCGUCGACGGCGCCGGCAACCCGAUCCUGGACGAACACCACGAGAGGGCGACCGCGUUCCUCACCGGCGCCGGCCACAUCAACCCGGCGAGGGCCGCCGACCCAGGCCUAGUGUACGACAUCGCCGUCGCUGACUACGCCGGCUACAUCUGCGCGCUGCUCGGAGACGCCGGGCUGGGGACGAUCGUGCGCAACGAGAGCUUGAGCUGCGGGAAGCUGGACAAGAACAAGAUACCGGAGGCGCAGCUCAACUACCCGACCAUCACGGUGCCGCUGCCGCGGUCGUCGUCGUCGGCGGCGCCGCCGCCGUUCACGGUGAACCGGACGGUGACGAACGUCGGGCCGGCCAGGUCGACCUACACGAUGAAGCUGGAGAUACCCAGGUCGCUGACGAUGCGUGUGUCGCCGGAGAAGCUGGUGUUCUCCGGUGUCGGCGAGAAGAAGGGCUUCAGCGUGACGGUGAGUGGCGGCGGCGGCGGCGGCGAGGUGGUGGAGGGAAGCUUGAGUUGGGUGUCUGGGAAACAUGUCAUGCGCAGUCCGAUUGUCGCCGUUCCCCAACCGUACCUGAAGUUAGGAAGCUAGCGGUCGUUAAUGACAUGAUUCUCUUGUUUUAAGUCACCUCCAGGUGUUUUAACCAUUAAUAAUGUUCAGUAUCUGCCAUA